AUCAUAAACAAAACCCACCAUCACACCUUCAUCUACAAUCAAACUCCGAUUACCGUCAUGACCACCACAAACCACCGUGACACACCACCAUCUCUCUCACCGGACGACAUAAUCCGACUAGCACAAUACCACACCACCGCCCCACUCCACCCAUUCCUCCUCUCCCCAACUUCUCACCAAACCCUCAUCUCACACCUCCACACUCUCUCUCCGGCCACCGUCUCCCAAUACACCUCCUCUCUCCUCUCUCUCCUCUCACCAUCUCCCUCUCUCUCAUCCCUAAUCACCCCUCUCAUAAUCUCCUACAUCAAUCUCUUCAAUUCCCACAAAAUCCCACACGAUCGCCACUCGUUUAAAACCCUACAACUAUUCAGUUCACAUCUCGAUAACAUCCCAAUCACUGACUUACAAUUAGUUUCUGAAUCUAUCGUUAAUGGUUUCCCCCAAAUUAAUUCCGACCCAGAUGAAGCCCAGCUUCUAGACUUACUCCCCAAGUGUUUACACACUGUAUUUAACUCCGACGAGAUCGAUAAACCCCGCGAUACGGUCAAUGCGGUGUUCGAUCGGGUCUUGGAGUUUAACUGGUCGGGUGUUUUGUUGGUGAAGCUUGUUUCGAUUAUUCGGGAGUUUCAGUUUAUUGAUAAGGUGAGGGUUAGAAGGUUUGUAGCUAAGGUGUUCGAUGAAAUGCAUCGGGUCGAACUGCAGGAUUUGCCGUUAUUGGUUUAUCAGUUGCUGGUUUUGGCGUCGAAGGGGGUUAAUAAGAGGGAGGUGAUUGAGGGUAUUAUUGUGUUUUUUGGAGGUAAAGCGGGUUUGGAAAAGGGUGGUUCGACUAUUGUUAGGGAGGUUGAAGGGACGGUUUUGUUGCAUGUUAAUUUUGCGGUGAAGCAGGAUCCGUCGUUGGGGCAAGAAGUGUUGGGGCUUGUGAGGUCGGAUGUUUUGGUGAUUGAUCAUUUUGUUGUGGGGUUGUUGUUGUCGAUUGCUAGAAUUAGGAGGUAUGGUGAAAACGUGAUGGGAACGCUGAAAACGGCUUUGAGUACUUCUUAUAAGGAUUACAAGUUUUCUAGGCAUUGUAAAUGGCUACCUGAUGGCUUAAAGAAAGAGUAUCUACAGAACGCCAUUUCAACUGAGGCAGCCGUUUUAAGAGCUGUUAACGAGAGCAAUUACGGAAGAGAGCAUAUUGUUCCUAGCAUAGUGCAGUUGGGCUUUGUGUUGCUGGAGUCGGUGGAAGAGAUGAGCCAUCAAGAACUUGACAAUACUGGUCUUAUGGGUUCUCAAGAGUUGGGCCUUCAGAUGCUAAAAAGUUUAUUUGAGGUUCAUGACAUGGCAAGAAAUGAGAUAAUUGAGCAAUGUAAAUUCCGAAUUCUUUCUCUUAAGCCAGAGCAAAGUGUAGCUAUCGUAAGAUUACUUGGUAACCUAGUGAAGAACUACCCACAUCCAAUAUUAGAAUAUAUUUCACAUUUGAAAGAAUUGUUAGAUUAUUUCGGUUUCAUGCAAAGCAAAGUUGUUUCCCAUCUGAUUGACGUUUUAUUACCGCUCAUUAAGUUCAGUCACAACCUUCAGGACUACAUCAUCUUAGUAGUGCGAAAGGCUAUGUUUAGACAAGAAGAUCAAGUUCGAUUAGCUGCAGCUGGAGCGAUUAUAAAUCUAACUAUUGCAGAAAGACAGUUUAAACAAAAUAAACCGUGUUUUUAUCAGGAAUCGUCAAGCCAAGCUAGUAGUAGUCAAGUUCAUGAAGGACCACCUGUAAUAAGCAAUGAUCUGUUCAAAGAACUUAGUGGUUUGCUGCAACGUUGUCUCUACCAACAGGCCAAAGUGAAAGAAGUUGUAUACAGGGGACUUUUAAAGCUUGUGUUGGUUGACCCGUUGACUGCAGGGGAGGUUUUUGAUUUUCUCUUGCCUCAUUUUCUGAAGUUUUAUAAAGAAGAUGGUCAACUUGACAUAGUUCAGUGUGUUAAAACAGAUAACGGCAAAAUUUGCGUAGUAGAACCACUAGAUGAUCUCUUAUCUUGUGUUUCGUGGAUUCUUUUACUUCAGCCACAAGCAAAAUCUGAUGUUCGUUCAGAUUCAUGGGCUUCUUUUGGUUUCUCACUCACACAAGAUACCGAGCAGCAGGCACAAGGAACAAAUUCUGGUGAGACGUUUUCCAGUGCUUUAUCAACAAUUCGUAAGCUUCUAAGAGAUGGAAAUUUGGAAGGAUUAGUUGGUCAAACAAAGGAUGCGGGCCUCACAAGCCAACAAGAAGAGAGAUACAAAUAUAGCGGUUUGAUUUUAUCAGGUGUUAUCAAGGUGAUGUUGAAUACCGUUGCUACCGAAUUGGAAAAGGCAGUUGACGAUAAAAAGACUGAAUUGGAGAACGAAUUUUCUGAUCUCGUUGAUCUAUACGUUUCAUCGGAGAAAAAUGUCGCUAAUAGUACACAAAGUGACAGCACUAGAAAAGGGACAACACAGUCUACUGCUAUUGAUCCGACAUAUAAAAACGAAUCCGACAACACAAAGUGUAUAAAAGAAAAAGCUCCUGUGUUGGCAACUUCUAGCAUUUAUCAGUUGUUUAAAACAUCGUUUGAGUUAUACAAACACGACGCAACAAAGAGUAAACUCUUGAAUUUUGUCUUAAACGCCAUCCUUUUCCAGAUAAAAUCUUUUGCUUAUGUGGCAAAAGAUGAUCCGUUGAAGGGUUUGAUUUAUGGAGAUAUUAAGGUUCUAGGACCACCCUUGUUGAAACUGAUUUGGUUGCUCAUGAAAAAGGAAGCCAAGGGUAAAAAGGACAAUGGAGAUAUAAAGGGUCUGUUUUUAUUAGCUCUAAUGUGUUUGAAGGAAUUGGUAAUAGUGAAUUCUCAUAGUGGUGAAGAGAUUAGAGAAAUCGAAGAAAUGCUGUUGGAUUCUGUAGGUGAAGAUGUUAGUGAUUCGGAAUGUGAUCAUGAAUAUCAAGUGAAUGGGAUCGAUGAUCAAAGGGAAAAGCUCUUGGUUACGAAGUUUGUGAAACCGUUGUUCUCUAAGCUUCUUCAUGCAAAGUUCUUUCAUGAAGUUGAGAUCUUGUGUGACAUUGCAAAAAUGAUAUGGAGUAACAUUCUUGGAAGCUGGGCUAUACAUAUAUGUAAAAGCAAUAAUAUAGCAAAUCCGAAGAUUGCAAAAAGUGUCGUCACCUUAGCACUAUCAUGCACUCAGGCUCCAAAUGAUUUGAUUGUUGCUCAAGAAAUGGCAAUGGAGCUAGCAAAAACAAUGAUAUCUCCAUCAGAGAAAUCUGAAAUUUAUGCUAUCAUAAACCGUUCAACAGAAAGUGCUAUAGCAACCGGACUUUUGCAGUUAGUUGAAUCAGUUAUUGCUGACAUGGACCGGCUCAGCAUGAAGUUGAAGACAUGCUUAGUAGGUGCUUAUAAAGAUGGAAAACACAACCCGUAUUUCACUUUAGAAGAGACUUUGUACCAGAGGGCUGAAGCUGUCGUUGAGUUGUUAUCUUCUUUUGUUGUGAUGAACCUCAAGGAUUCACAAGCGGAACAUUUACUAAAACUGGCGGCAAAGUUUUAUAAAAACUUAGCUAGGAUAUCAAAGUUCCAUAUCGCGCCUAAAGGUUGCAAACAGAUCUUACCCAGCCUUAAGUGCCAGAAGCUUGUGGAAGUUACUUGCACGCGUCUAACUGCCCCCUUGUACGUGUUUGUGGGAUCCUUGCAGCAGAAUCAAAAGGAGAGCAAAGCAAGUAAAGGAUUGAUAAACAAGAUAAAACGAGAGAAUCGAUGCAUCCCAGAUUUGAUAUUUCAGAUAGAAGACUACGAGAAGUAUCUGAUUCUACUUAGCAAAGCUACCAAAAUCAACUUGUUAAGGCACGCAAAGCGCAGCACCGCCAGAGAUUUUCGAAUUACCGAGCCACAAAACGUUCCCCAACAAGAAAACGGGCCUAACCAGGAACCGUUACUUGACCCACAAGAUAUUACCCAUCAAGAAGACGUGCCUAACGAGGAGCCCCGUAUGGAUAAUGACUCCACGCCUCAAAAUGAUUUGGUACAAGACUCUGAUGAUAAUGCUGAAGCAGAUGCAUUGUUGUCACCUGAAACAGUUGCACCAUUUGCUGCAGAUGAUGCUGAAGCAGAUGUAUUGUCACCUGAAACAGUUACACCAUUGGCUGCAGAUGGUUCCGAGUCUUGUAGUGACGAUGAAAAUAUAAUUCGUAAUUCAAAGCGAAGUCGAAUUGUUUAUGAUUCGGAUGAUGAGGCAUAAAUGUUAUUUGUAUAGGAUCUUUGAUGGUUGUUAAGUUUAAUAAUUUGUUAUCAA